AUGUUAUAUAAUCAAACUUUGUCCGUAGUCUUAACAGUAGUGUUACUGUACUUAUCGGGUCAGGCGUCGGGUGUUUGGCGCCAGCGAUGCGGCAAAUCACAGACCGGCACCCGUAUAAUUGGCGGGGAGACUGCCGUAAACGGGAAAUGGCCCUGGAUGGCUCACAUCGAGUUUUGCCCGGAUCAAGGCAGAUGUUACAAUUGUGGGGGUUCGCUGAUUAGCGAUCAGUGGAUACUGACCGCCGCCCAUUGUGUCAUUGAUAAGAAAGGAGCCAUUAUCAAUAAAAUUACCGCCAAUUUUAGUAAUUAUGAUUUUACUUAUGACGAAUGGAAUGUAAAUACCUUUCAAGUCAAGCAGCCUAUCGUUCACUGGCUUUAUAAGAAUUAUACGCUCGAUGAUAUUGCUCUACUUGAGUUAAGCGAACCGCUAGAUCUGAAUGGUAUGGGUAUCGAACCAAUAUGCCUACCGCCAGCUGACUUGCCAAGGCCUGUGGGCACUCAAUGCGUAGCCACGGGUUGGGGAGACACCAUAGGCAACAUAAUAAGCCCCUCAAAGACAUUGCAACAAGUAACAUUACCAAUCGCAAAUGCUGAUUUAUGUGCUAAUAGA